AUGUUUGCUCGAACACAUUCGCAAUAUUGGAAAAUUUGCAGUUCAAUACGUCAAAAGAGAUAUGCUAGUGGAAAUCAGACAAAUAUCAUUUUUGGGGCAAACACUGAUGUUGGAAAGACUGUCAUCACGGCAGGUUUGAUUCGGGCGAGUGGGAAUACUUCACACUAUGUCAAGCCGUUGCAAUGUGGGGGGAGUGACCAGCGAUUUGUUGAGAAAUAUGCUACUAACGUCACUUCUGCCACGACCCUGUUCGAAUGGGAAACACCAGCGUCGCCACACUACGCCGCCCGAGUGGAGAAUAAGCCAAUAUCCGAUGAACAAGUGAUUACGUCAUUGAAAGAUUGUUUGGACAGUUUGAACAGCCCAAUGACUUGGGUGGAAACAGCUGGAGGGGUGAUGAGUCCGUCAUCAUCUUCACCUGACAAUAAUGGUCCGCAUCAUGCGAGGGAUAAGGAGUUGUCGUGGGGAUGGGUGCCUCAAGCAGAUUUGUAUCAAACAUUCUCGGAUUCCAUGUCGGCAGUAUUGAUUGGUGACGGAAGACUAGGUGGAAUCAGUGCAACCUUGACAGCUUUGGAGUCACUGCUGAUUCGUGGAUAUAAUGUGUCGGGUGUGAUUGUAAUAGAGAAAGGAUACGAAAACCAAAAGGCUAUUCAGGAAUACGCCAGUCGAGAAGUGGACGGGCGAACUGCAACUAGUACCAUUUUUCGAUAUCCUGAAUCAUCGAUCGUAUCACUCCCAGAACUCCCUCCAGAACCAGAACCAUUGGAUGAUUGGUAUCACUCAGAAGAAACUACGAAAGCACUAGAAUCUUUUGUACAAGUUCAUCUGAAUCAAGCUUGGGAGGAUUGUAAAAGUGCAAACUAG